CGUUUCAAAACCGAGUAAAUGGUUCAAUAUGUUUAUACACGGUCAUCGUGUGAACGCGGUAGAAGUAUAAAGUUGUGAAAUGGCGCUUCUUUAUCCUUCUUUAUAUGUAAACAAUAAUAGUUCUACGACGGCCGUCUUCAACAACAAUGACUUUGAUUUUAUAGACUGGUCAUACUGAUAGCUAUUUUUUUAGGGGAAAAUAUCGCUCUCACGACUCGCGAGUGUCACCAACGUGUCACGUUUAUCGGCCGGGCCCGUACCGUAAUGUAUAAUAUUUUUUAUUUAUUUUUAUCAGUUUCCGAAAAUGAAAUAAUUCCGAGCGACCAACGGACCAACUGGCGACCGUCGUGCAUCGUGUUUUCGACGUUUUUUGUGGCGGGUGUGCAAUGAGCCAAAGUCCUUAGCAGUGUUGAGUCGUACAUAUUACAUUCAGAUUUCAGUGUCACAAUAAACAGUUCCAGAGUUACGGUUUCGUUGUCACUUGUCACAUGUCUCGUGUUGGCGAGUGACGGUUGGCGGUUGUUUGUCUAUCAUCUGAUUUUGUCUGUUUAUUAAUUGUGUAACUAUCAAGUCGGUAAUAUACCUGCUUUCAAAAGUAACUUUCGACAAUGUCUACUGUGGUAAAAACAGAAAAUGAACAUUUGAGUUCCAAUGGGACUAGUCUAUUCAAUAAAUACGACGGUAUCGAUUUUACCAUACGGAUUCUACUUAAUAGCCGAGAAGUUGGAAAUGUGAUUGGUAUAAGAGGUGAAACUGUAAAAAAUAUCAGAAGCCAGUCUGGUGCUAGAGUAUUAAUCUCUAAUGGUUCAACUCCUGAACGUAUUGUUAUAAUUUCUGGAAAUACAAUUGCAAUUUGUAGAGCUACUGAACUUAUUGGACUAAAAGUUGAAGAAUUUUCUGAGAGACUAAAUGGCAAUUGGAUUGGCCCUAAAACACCUUUGACUCUUAAACUAAUUGUGCCAGCAUCUCAAUGUGGUUUCAUAAUUGGCAAAAAUGGAAGUAAAAUAAGGGAAAUUAGAGAUUCAAGUAGAGCUGCCAUACUAGUAGGAUCAAAUAUGUUACCCAAUUCAACUGAACGUCUAGUUUCAAUUACUGGCACUACAGGCACAAUAUCUCAUUGUGUUUAUCUAGUAUGCAAUGUACUAUUAGAUUCGCCACCACCGAACUGUGAAUCAAUCGCUUACCAUCCAUGUAAAGAAAUUUCAGUAUUUGAAACUUGUACAGUUAUUAAAGAUCUUGGAACAGAACACAAUAUUCCUUUGACUAAUCUUGCAGCUCUUGGGUCAGGAACUGCAACAAAUGGAGGUAUCAAUCCAGCUGCUUUGACUGCAUUAGCUGGAAGUCAGUUGAGAGCAAGUAAUCGUCUAAACAAUAAUGUCAGUGGACAACAAUAUGAUAAAAAUUCUAAUUCAGACAUUGAUACAACAACGAUAAGUGUACCUGAUGAUCUAAUUGGAUGUAUCAUUGGUAGAAGAGGAAGUAAAAUUGCAAAAAUUCGACAAAUAAGUGGUGCUACAGUACAUAUAUUUCGAUCUCAAGGAACUAUUGAAAAUAGGGAGAAAGUAGAUCGACGUAUUACAAUUACAGGAAACAAAGAAUCUGUUUCAGUUGCCAAGUACUUAAUUGAAAUGAGCGUGGAAUUGCAAAAAGCCAAUCUUGGGGAAGUUAAUUUAUCCACUCUUCCUGACAAUGGUUCCAUCACAACUUCGUCCACUCCAACUGUGGCUCAACUAUUUGCCAAGCUGGACCCCGUUAAUAUCAUAUCCUCCUUAUAUGCAUAUAUAGCCAUAUUUGGUGCUGAAAAAUCCCCUCCAAUACAGACCACAGGUGUCCAUCGCCCGAAAAAUGAUUUAAAAAGAAAACGCAGUACUUCAAAUGAAAAAACCAAAGAGAAAAGGAACAAGUCAGCUCGUUACUAAAUGCUAAUUGAUUCAAAGUCUGCCAAUUAUUGCUAUUCAUACUAAUUCUUAUUUCUUUAUUUAUAAGUAGUUUUUUAAUUAUUUUAUUUAAUUAUAAUUUUUAAAAAAAAAUUUAUAAUUUUUGAGUCUAAAGACAAUUCCAAAAAUUUUUUUUAUUUCGUUUUAAAAUAUUUUACAUAGUUUAUUUUGUUUUUGGGGUUAAAUUCAAGACAAAUCUAUAUAUGUAACAAAUCUAUUUCAUACUUUGCGAUAUUAAUGCAUUUUAAGGAUUUAUUUAAUAUAUUUUUUGUGAACAAAUAAAUACUAUUCAUCUUUUUAGAUUAGAUUGUUUUCAAUCACCACUUAAUUGUUUGUUCUUACAUUAUAUUUUUUGAGAUCAUAUUAUGUUUUGUAUUUCUUAUUUUUAAAAAAUUAGUAUGAAAUCCAAUAUAUAAAAUUUACUUUUUUUACAUUUGUUGUUACUAUAUUUAUUAUAAUUGGAUGAUAUUUAUGAGAAAGGGUUGUACUCAUCAGGAAAUCACUAGUUUUUCAGGACACAAAAAAGGUGAAGAAUCAAAGAAACGAGGAUGCUCGGAGUAUGGGUUUACUUUUAUUUUUUGAUCAUUGACCAAUGACUGUUACCAAUACCUGUUACUAAUUCCAAUGAAUCAAAUUGUAUUUGAUUUAUACCAAAUAAUAUUUUUGCCUUUAAAAGUUUCAAGUUCAAUUUGUUUGGGCAACUUGAGGAUAAAUUAUCUUAUAUUAUUCGAGCGUAUAUUACCAACAAAAUCUAUUUUGUCAAAAACUGUAUUUGCUUAAUUAUUCCAGUUUUCCUAAAAAUAAUUCUUGUUUUUCCCAAUUAUUUUGAAUACUACUAUAAACUUAUAAGCAUUUUUAAUACCGCUCUAAGCUCAGAUUUUUUUUAUUAAUUAGAGUCAUCUAAAAAUAAACAACUAAUAUCAUUUACAAGGACAGUAUUUUAGAUCUGAUUAAAAAUAUGAUUCACCUAUACUAACUGUCAUCAUUUAGAAAAGUUUUUAGCAGUUGCACUAUUUAUAAACCAAUAUUACAAUUUACAAUUAAUCAAAUCAUAUUUUUAUUAGUUUUUUGCCCUGUUUUUUGAUCAUAAGGUGUAGGAUUACUAUCAAAG